AUGCCACUCCCUCUCCACCGCAUGACUUCCUCCCGCUCCUCCUCGCGCGCCAACCGCCCUCCUUCGCUCACCCUCUCACCCUCAUCCAUCUACAACUUCGACGAAACCGAUCCCUUCCUCUCGCCGACCACUCCACGCACCGCACCCCUCUCGCCGCGCUUCCUCCAUCCUUCGUCGCCUCGUACGCCAGGCAGUCCGUACAGCCAGCCUGGGACGCCACUCUCGCCUUCCCUCCGCGCCGAUGGUCGCCCACAGACGGGAUUCUUCGACAACUUGCCUAUCCCGCCUACGGCCAAGCGAGCGAGGGGGAAGACCUGGAUCGUCGCGGGCGCGACGACCUGCUUCCUCCUCCUCCUCGCUUUCUCGCUUCAUGUCCGCUCCGACGACGCCGGUCCCGAGAAGCCGCAGGGCGUGGUGCUGGCCGUGCAUGACGAGUUGUCGAAGCUAAAGGACUGGGCGGGGAGUUUGACCAGCGGUCGAACCGGGUCAGCAAGCGGCGCGGCGGCAGACGACGAGGAAGGUGCGAGAACGGCGGUCAUCGGGUCGGCACUCUCAACGUCCAAAGACGAGUUCGUCGACGACGACGCCGUGAGCGAGAUCCGCAUCAAGCCUCUGCCUCGUCCGCGACUGCCGAACUUGGAGGAUCGUGAGGAGCGGUAUCUCGGGUUCCUCCCGCACUCGGGGUACCACAACCAGCGUAUCGCGCUGCAGAACGCAUUGUUGCUGGGCAAGCUGCUGAACAGGACUGUGCUAGUCCCGCCCAUCUGGAUAGGCUGGCCGACGCCAACGCAGUACUACGCCGACCUUCGCCAAUCCUGGCUCAACAUCAUGCUGUCGACCCCUUCCUCCUUCAACAUCUCGACCCUCACCUCCUCGUCACCGCUCAACGAGCCCGCCUCGUUUCCCUCGACCCUCACCUCCUUCCCCUGCCCGACCUGCGUCGCUGACAACGCGACGCACCUUGCGCUCGUCUCCGCCGCAAACGAGCGCAAGCUCGCGAAAUGGCGCGAAAAGGGCUACGAAGUCCGUCCAGACGGGUUCCCCAUCGUCCCCGGUUUGGGCGAGAAGGACUGCAAGAGUUAUAGUCCCGAGUGUCGCUUCACGUACAAGGAUACGUUCUUGGCGUGGGAUUGGUUGGUCGAUCUCGAGAAGGCGAGGGAGGAGGGAGUGAGGUUGGUCGAUCGCUGGGAUAUGAGGGAGCGGGCGGUGAUGGAUCUGCUGGAGGUCAAGCAGGACGAUGUCGUGAGUUUCGCAGCCCCUUCCUCCGACCCGACUGAGGUGAAUGCGCGACUCACCCUCCUUACCAUGCGGCAGUACAUCAUCGAAGACCGCCAAGUGUACGACUUCCAGUUCACCGACGCGCUCAACUUGACCGACCCGCUCAUCUCCAACAACACCUCCCCUUCGCGCUGGAACCGCCUCGUCUCGCUCCCUCUCCUCUCUGAGCUGCCACACCGCGUCCUCCUCGUCGGCUCGCUCUUCGGCACAAACCGAAUCUGGACGUCCGACGCCUCGCAAGAACGUGCGGAGCAGACAUUUGCGCGAGCGAUGGCGUUCAAGACGCCGUGGCUCCUCCGGCCUGCAGACGCGAUCGUCGAGCGACUGGGCGGGAUGCGCGCGAGGAACGGGUUCGUAGGCGUGCAUGCGCGGGUAGGGGACGGGGAAUUUUCGAGGCAUGCGAGGGGGAAUAUGGAGCGGGCUUGGAGGGAGUUGGUUGAGCGGUUGGGGGUGGACGGGGACGUGAGGGAGGAGAUGUGGGCAUCGGUGAGUAAGGAGCGUGAGGAGCGCGAGGAGGCGGUCAGGAAGAGGAGCGACGGUCAUCGGGUCAAGCGGGCGCAGCAUGCGGUCUCGUCGGCGUCGGUUGGAGCAGCGUCAAGCUGGGCCAGCGUGGACGAGUACGACGCCGAGCUGGAGCGACAGACGAGCCGGGCGAAGCGCGUCAAGCGAAGCAUAGUCGACGACCUCCUCUCGCACAUUCCCUACCUCGACUCGACCCAGCCGGCCCUCGAACUUCGCAAUCUCACCUGCCGCCGACCGCACCACACCGACGCCCGCUUCUCCGCCUUCAAUACGCCGCUGUACCUCGCGACCGACUCUCGCACGCCCGAUUCCGACCCUAACCUCGCGCCCUUCUUCGCCUCGUUCCCCUGCACGUUCGUCCUGUCAGACUUUGACACGCCCGACGUCGCUCGGAACGACGGCGUCGCGGUUGCGAGCGUCAAGCGGAUGAGCAGGCUCGUGAACGACCUCGACGGAGUUGGGCUGGGCAGGCUGUUCCGCCCGUUCCUCGAAGCGGUCGUCGCUGCGCGCGGGAGGAUCACGGUCGGGACGGAGCACUCGACGUUCUCAGCGUUUGCCUCGACGGACCUGCACGAUGCGUACUGGGAGGGUGUGCGGUAG